CCCCCCCAGCCAGGCUGCUUCGCAGGAGAAGAGACGAGCGGAGCCAACCCCCGCAAGAUGAGCUCCGAGAAAACAGGCUUACCGGACUCUGGCCCCCACACCUCCCCCCCUCCCUACAACGCCCCACUGCAGCCGCCCCCUCCCCCACCCGACGCCCCCAACAAUGCCCCCCUCAUCCCCGGCUACAGUGACCCCCCGCACCUGCCCCCCCACUCUGGCACCGCCACCCUGCCCCGCCUCGGGGGGGCGGCCACCCUGCCCCGGCCGCCCCCCACCUCGGCCACCCUGCCCCGGCCCCCCCACCACCACUCAGCCACCCUGCCGCGCCUGCCCCCCGACCCCUAUAUGCAGGAGACCCAGUUCAACGCCCCCCCCCAGGGGUACAUGGUCCAGACGCACCCGCCCAUGGGGACCCUGCCCAUCGGGGGGUACAUGCACCCCGGCUACCCUGUGCAGCUGCAGCCCUGCACAGCCUACGUCCCCGUGUACCCUGUAGGCACGCCGUACCCCCCUGGCAACCCUCCCCCUGGGGUCCCCCCGCCACAGAUGCCACCAGGAAUCGCCAUCCUGGAGCCGCGCCGGCCGCCCCACGACUACCUGCCCAUCGCAGUGCUCACCACCAUCUGCUGCUUCUGGCCCACGGGCAUCAUCGCCAUCAUCAAAGCUGUGCAGGUACGGACGGCCGUGGCGCGGGGGGACAUCGUGUCAGCCGAGAUCGCGUCACGCGAGGCCCGGAACUUCUCCUUCAUCAGCCUGGCCGUGGGCAUCGCCGCCAUGGUCCUGUGCACCAUCCUCACCGUUGUCAUCAUCAUCGCCGCGCAGCACCACGACAACGACUGGGACCCCUAGCCAUGGGCCCGCCCCCUGGCGGCCCCACCCACCGAUUGCCCUGCCUGCCAACCGGGCCCCGCCCAGCGACCAGGCCCCGCCCACUGCCUGCCCUGCCUGCCAACCGGGCCCCGCCCAGCGACCAGACCCCACCCACCGCCUGCCCUGCCUGCCAACCGGGCCCCGCCCAGCACCACGACAAGGCCUGGGACCCCUAGCCUCGGCCCUGCCCACCGACUGUCCCGCCCACCACCUGUCCUGCCUGCCAGCCGGGCCCCACCUAGCGACCAGGCCAUGUCCACUGCUGGCCCCACCCCUCAACCAGUCUGAUAAUCCCCUGCAGAUGCCAUUACCCACAAUCCCCUGCAGCCAUUGCCAACAUUACCCACAAUCCCUUGCAGACCUCGCCCACCAGACCCACAGUCCCUGCAGGUAUUGUCCCUCAGGAUACCCAUGAGGCUUUGCAAGCCCUGCUCUAGCCAGCGACACCCACAAUCCCCUGCAGCCACCACCCUGCUGGAUACCCAGGAGCCUUUGCAGCCCCACCCUCUCCUGGCUCCGCCCCUGUCCCUCAGUCACCCCUGUAUCCAUGACAACACCUCCCUUGCCCAGCAGGACCUUUCCCAUGAUCCUUUGUAACUAUUGCCCCCCAUCCCUCCCCACUGGCAUCUUUGGCUCCACCCCUCAGCAGCCCCACAGCCCCCCUCCUCCCCAACUGAGCAAUUCCCAUAGUCCUUUGCAACUGUCAUUUUCCCGUCAGCACCUCUGGCUCUGGCCCCUAGGAACAAGCUCCGCCCUCUGGCCUCACACCCUCCAAUGGAAUACUACCCACAAUGCUUUGCAGGCACCGUAUUCUGCCCCCAACCCUGGGUCUGACUCCACUCCCACAUGAUUAGGCCACGCCCCAUUGGCUCAGGCCACACCCCCUGGCUUGCCCUAAAUAUAUUCCUGAGCUUCCCCAUCAGACCACGCCCCUUCAUAUCAGGCUCCGCCCCCUCACCCCCCCCCCAAUAGCUUCAUGCCUUGAUUGCUCCCCCAAAGCCCCAAUUGGCUUCUCCCCAAUUGGUUCCGCCUUCUUCAGCACAGACUCCGCCCCCUUUCUUCCCAACAGCCCCUUCCCCUUUUAGCCCCUCCCCCAUAAACAUUUUGCUCCAGAUUGGAGGGGGAGCGCAAACCCCAAUAUAUCACAGAGCCCCCAGCUGUACAUAGCAAUGAAAUAACCCCCUUGCCAAGGUGUGACCCCAGCAUGAGCCCCCCAAAUCUGUGACACUGGCCCUUUAAGACACAGCCCCCCCCCACAAUGAGACCCCUCUUUUCCCACACACCCCCAAGUGAGUGAUGCCGCCCUUCUGGGACGCCACCUCUGCCCCCCUAUGGGGGGAUUCCUGGUUCAGGGGGAUGGUGGGGGGCAGGGAGGGGAGAAGUUUGAGGGUCCAAUGCUGCAUUUCUGGGGUUCAGGGUGUUUGAAGUCUGGGGGCAUAAUCACUGGGAUGGGGGAGACACUGUUCUUUAUUGGGGUCCCCCCAAGUCACCCCCACCCAGCACGCUGCCCCAAAGCCUAGACAUCUGGGCAUCCCUUGCAGAGACCCCAGAACGGGACAGGUGUGCUGGGCUAGUGGGGGGGCUGCGGGUCGGGAGUGAGGGGUGCCGGCAGAGCUGGGGGGGGUGCAGUUUUGUAUGGUCCAUCGUAGCCCCCCUACAUGGCCCUGGUCCCUGUGCGAUCCGGCCCCCGAUUCCUCUCCCGUCGGCCUGUUUGCAAGUCAUCUGGGUUAAUAAAUCUCUAUUGAUAACGA